AUGGCAGAGGAGUUGGGCUUUGGGGAGACAACCAGUGUGGAAAUGCUGCCUGAGGACGGCAGCUGCAGGCUUAGGGCCAGAGCCGGGCUGGAGGCCAGAAGACGUCGCGUGCGCUGGGCUGUCACCUGCUGCCUGGUGUUACUCCCCAUCCUCACAGGGUUCACCACCUACCUGCUCACAGGGCAGCUCCAGGUUCAAGGAGAGGCCUGUGUGUUCCAGCUCCAGGACACACAGUCACAAGAGUUUGAACAAUCACAUCUGCGAGCUAACUCGCCUCCCAGACCAGACGGAGCUAAGCCAAGGGCACACCUGACAGUUGUGAGACAAACUCCUACACAGAACUUGAAAAAUCAGUACCCAGCCCUGCAUUGGGAACAUGAACUUGGCUUGGCCUUCACCAAAAACCAGAUGAAAUAUACCAAUAGAUUCCUGGUUAUUCCAGAGUCGGGAGACUAUUUUGUUUACUCACAGGUUACGUUCCGAGGGACCAUAUCUGAAUGUGGUGAAAUUGGCCCCGGGAGACAAUCGAGCAAGCCAGACUCCAUCAUUGUGAUCAUCACCAAGGUAACAGACAGCUACCCCGAGCCAACCCAGCUUCUAAUGGGGACCAAGUCAGUGUGUGAAAUAGGCAGCAACUGGUUCCAACCCAUCUACCUGGGGGCUAUGUUCUCCCUGAAAGAAGGGGAUAAACUGAUGGUGAACGUCAGUGACGUCUCCUUGGUGGAUUACACAAAAGAGGAUAAAACCUUCUUUGGAGCCUUCUUGCUAUAG